AAGAACCCAGGAGUAAGCACCAUAUCGAAUAUGAAAUUAUUUUAUAAAUGAUUUGAGCAACACCUUUUUGAUAGUAACACGUACAUUGUUUGGACCUAUUUGUUACCAUGGAGGAGACGAACAGAGAGGCUGUUGCCACUGCUGUGCAGAGGGUCGCGGGGAUGCUGCAGCGCUCUGACCAGCUCGACAAAGUGGAGCAGUACCGACGGAGAGAGGCACGGAAGAAAGCCUCUGUGGAGGCUCGUCUUAAGGCAGCUAUUCAGUCCCAGCUAGAUGGAGUAAGGACAGGCCUCACUCAAUUGCAUAACGCACUGUGUGAUGUAAAGGACAUUCAGAACUCUUUGGCAGAUGUCAGUAAAGACUGGAGACAGAGCAUCAACACCAUAGAGAACCUGAAGGAUGUGAAGGAUGCAGUGGUUCAGCACAGCCAGCUGGCCUCAGCCGUGGAAAACCUUAAGAACAUCUUUUCAGUGCCUGAAAUAGUACGAGAGACUCAUGACCUGAUCGAACAAGGGGAGCUUCUCCAGGCUCACCGCAAGCUCAUGGACCUGGAGUGUUCCCGUGACGACCUCAUGUACGAACAGUACCGCAUGGACAGCAAGAACACCCACGACAUGAAUUUGAUCCGUGGUUACUUUGGCCAAGUUCAAGGCCUGUCAGAGGAGCUAGCCAAACAACUAUGGAUGGUCCUCCAGCGGGCCAUGGUGACAGUCCGUCGCGACCCCACCAUGCUGGUGUCUGUGGUUCGUAUCAUCGAACGCGAGGAGAAGAUCGACCGUAAGAUGCUAGAACGAAAGAAGCAGUCAGGUUUCAUCCCGCCAGGUCGACCCAAGUGCUGGAAGAACCGUAUGAACCAGGUUCUGGAGGGUACAGUGAGCGCCCGUAUUGAGGGAACCCAGUCAGAGACGCGCGAGUCAGACAAGAUGUGGCUAGUGCGUUUGCUGGAGAUCACCAGAAAGUAUGUGCUGGAUGACUUGAUUGUGGUGAAGAACCUGAUGGUCCAGUGCUUCCCUCCACACUACAACACCUUCCAGGUUUUCUUUGACCUCUACCACCGAGCGCUGUCUGCACGUGUGCAGGAGCUUGCCGCAGAAGACCUGGAGGCUAAUGAGAUUGUGUCAUUACUAACCUGGGUCCUCAACACUUAUAAAAGUCCAGAGAUGAUGGGUCACCCAGACCUGUACCCCGAGUGCGAUGCGAAGACGCUGGAGCCACUGCUGCCUGAGGAAAUGGUGGACGUGCUACUCAGUAAAUAUGUCCAAACCUUCACAUCUAACAUCACAGGCUGGCUCCGUAAGGCCCUGGACACGGAUAAGAAGGACUGGCAGAAGGACACAGAACCCGAAGCAGAUCAGGACGGUUACUAUCAGACGACCCUGCCAGCUAUCGUCUUCCAGAUGUUUGAGCAGAACCUACAGGUGGCUGCCUCCAUCAACGAGUCCUUUAAGGAGCAAGUCCUGAAACUGUGUUUGAAACAGAUGAACACGUUCUUGAUUAGGUACAAGGAUGAAGCAGUUGCUUACAAGGAUGAACACUUGAAAGACCGCCAGCUUCCGCAGUGUUACGUGCAGUAUAUGAUCGCUAUCAUCAACAAUUGCCAGACUUUCAAGGAGUCUAUCAACAGCCUGAAAAGAAAGUAUUCAAACUCAACCGAACCCACCCAGAAUGACGCUGCCAUUGAGAAGACGUUGAAUGAAGUGGCCAAAGAGGGUUGCCAGUUCCUGCUGGACGAAGUUUUCUUAGAUUUGGAGAAUCAUCUUAAUGAGUUGCUGACUCGCAAGUGGUUAACAGGCUCCCAUGCUGUGGACACCAUCUGUGUGACUUUGGAGGAUUACUUUAAUGAUUUUGCAAAGAUUAAGAAGCCUUACAAUCAGGAGAUGACCACCGAGGCUCAUCGGCGGGUGGUGGUGGAGUACCUGAAGGCGGUGAUGCAGAAGAGAAUCACGUUUAAAAACGCUGAUGAGAGAAAAGAGGGAGGAGACAGAAUGAUCAAAGAGGCGGAGCAGUUCAAGUUCCUCUUCAGAAAACUCUCAGCAGGAGAGGACACAGACAGGCUGUGUGACUCCAUCACUGCCAUCGCUGAGGUGUUUAAACUGACUGACCCCAGUCUGCUCUACCUGGAGGUGUCUACACUGGUCUCCAAGUACCCAGACAUCAGGGAGGAACACAUUUUAGCAUUGUUGGCAGUUCGUGGGGAUGCCAGUCGGGACAUGAGGCAGAUGAUUAUUGAGACGCUGAAUCAGAACAAACCUUCCUCCUCGACCACGUCUCAGCCCAUCUUCAGAGACAUCACCGUGCCAACCAUGUCCAUGACGGCCAUGACCUCGAUGGCUGUGCCUAAACUGCUGAAAUAAUCCAGGCCGGGACCUUUCUCUACCAUUUAUCACUGAACAGCUAACAAUGUUACACACA